GGGCGGCGCCCGCACCCGCAUGUCUCGGGACACCUGAGCGCCGAGCAGCCUCCGCGCGGGGUGGAGAGCGCCGGUGCCCGGCCCGCGCCUCAGCCGCCGGCGCUCGCGUCCCGUCCCCUCCUUUUCCUCCGGGGGAGGAGGAUGGGGCCGGACGCGCUUUCCCCGAGGAUGCUCCUGGGGCUGGUGGCCUUGGGGCUGCUGUUCUGCGCGGAGCCGUGCGUCUCCGCUGGCCUCGAUUAUGACUACACUCUCGAUGGGAACGAAGAGGACAGGACGGAGACCAUCGAUUACAAAGACCCGUGCAAAGCCGCUGUAUUUUGGGGUGACAUUGCCUUAGAUGAUGAAGACUUAAAUAUCUUUCAAAUAGAUAGGACAAUUGACCUGACCCAGAACCCCUUUGGACAACUUGGACAUACCACAGGUGGACUUGGAGACCACGGUAUAGCAAAGAAACGAGGGGCCCUCUAUCAACUUAUAGACCGGAUAAGAAGAAUUGGCUCUGGCUUGCCACAAAACAGUACAGUUAAGGGAAAAGUACCUCAAAAAUUCUCAGGGCAAAAUGAGAAAAACCGAGUUCCAAGAGCUGCUACAUCCAGAACGGAAAGAAUAUGGCCUGGAGGUGUUAUUCCUUACGUUAUAGGAGGCAACUUUACUGGCAGCCAGCGAGCCAUGUUCAAGCAGGCCAUGAGACACUGGGAAAAGCACACCUGUGUGACUUUCAUAGAAAGAAGUGAUGAGGAGAGUUACAUUGUGUUCACCUAUAGACCUUGUGGAUGCUGCUCCUAUGUAGGCCGGAGGGGAAAUGGACCUCAGGCCAUCUCUAUUGGAAAGAACUGUGACAAGUUUGGAAUCGUUGUUCAUGAACUGGGCCAUGUGAUAGGCUUUUGGCAUGAGCAUACACGACCGGAUCGAGACAACCAUGUAACCAUCAUAAGGGAAAACAUCCAGCCAGGUCAAGAGUACAAUUUUCUGAAGAUGGAGCCUGGAGAGGUAAACUCCCUUGGAGAGAGAUAUGACUUCGACAGUAUCAUGCACUAUGCCAGGAACACCUUCUCAAGGGGGAUGUUUCUGGACACCAUCCUCCCCUCCCGUGAUGACAAUGGCAUUCGGCCAGUAAUUGGCCAGCGGACCCGGUUGAGCAAAGGAGAUAUUGCACAGGCAAGAAAGCUGUAUAGAUGUCCAGCUUGUGGAGAGACUCUACAGGAAUCCAAUGGCAACCUCUCCUCUCCAGGAUUCCCAAAUGGCUACCCUUCCUACACACACUGCAUCUGGAGGGUCUCUGUGACCCCUGGGGAGAAGAUUGUCUUCAAUUUCACCACCCUGGAUCUCUACAAGAGUAGCUUGUGCUGGUACGACUACAUUGAAGUGAGGGAUGGACACUGGAGGAAGUCUCCUCUCCUUGGUAGAUUCUGUGGGGACAAAGUGCCUGACGUUCUUACCUCGACAGACAGCAGGAUGUGGAUUGAGUUUCGUAGCAGCAGUAAUUGGGUAGGAAAAGGGUUUGCCGCUGUAUACGAAGCGAUCUGUGGAGGGGAGAUACGUAAAAACGAAGGACAGAUUCAGUCUCCUAAUUACCCUGAUGACUACCGACCGAUGAAGGAGUGUGUGUGGAAAAUAACGGUGUCUGAGGGCUACCAUGUCGGGGUGACCUUUCAGGCCUUUGAGAUUGAAAGACAUGACAACUGUGCUUAUGACCACUUAGAAAUUCGAGAUGGGACCAGUGAAAGUAGCCCCUUGAUCGGGCGUUUUUGUGGUUAUGACAAACCUGAAGAUAUAAGAUCCACCUCCAAUACCUUGUGGAUGAAAUUUGUUUCCGAUGGAACUGUCAACAAAGCUGGGUUUGCCGCUAACUUUUUUAAAGAGGAAGAUGAGUGCACCAAACCUGACCGUGGAGGCUGUGAGCAGCGUUGUCUAAACACCCUGGGCAGUUACCAAUGUGCCUGCGAGCCUGGUUAUGAGCUGGGGCCAGACAGGAGGGGCUGCGAAGCUGCCUGUGGUGGACUUCUUACCAAGCUCAACGGCACCAUAACCACCCCCGGCUGGCCGAAAGAGUACCCUCCUAAUAAAAACUGCGUGUGGCAAGUUGUCGCACCAACUCAGUACAGAAUUUCCAUGAAGUUUGAAUUUUUUGAACUGGAAGGCAAUGAAGUUUGUAAAUACGAUUAUGUGGAGAUUUGGAGUGGUCUUUCCUCUGAGUCUAAACUGCAUGGCAAAUUCUGUGGUGCUGAGGUGCCUGAAGUGAUCACAUCCCAGUUCAACAACAUGAGAAUUGAAUUCAGAUCAGAUAACACCGUAUCAAAGAAGGGCUUCAAAGCACAUUUCUUCUCAGACAAAGAUGAAUGUUCUAAGGAUAAUGGUGGGUGUCAGCACGAAUGCGUCAACACAAUGGGAAGCUACGUGUGUCAGUGCCGCAAUGGAUUUGUCCUGCAUGAAAAUAAACAUGACUGCAAGGAAGCGGAGUGUGCACAGAAGAUCCACAGCGCAAGCGGCCACAUCACCAGUCCCAACUGGCCAGACAAGUACCCGAGCAGGAAGGAGUGCACGUGGGAGAUCAGUGCCACUCCCGGCCACCGGAUUAAAUUAGCCUUCAGUGAGUUUGAGAUUGAGCAACAUCAAGAAUGUGCUUAUGAUCAUUUAGAAGUAUUUGACGGAGAAACAGAAAAAUCACCAAUUCUCGGACGACUAUGUGGUAACAAGAUACCAGAUCCCCUUGUGGCUACUGGAAAUAAAAUGUUCGUCCGGUUUAUUUCUGAUGCAUCUGUUCAAAGAAAAGGCUUUCAGGCCACACAUUCUACAGAGUGUGGUGGUCGAUUGAAAGCAGAAGCGAAACCCAAGGAUCUGUACUCACAUGCGCAGUUCGGUGACAACAACUACCCGGGACAGGUUGACUGUGAAUGGCUGCUGCUAUCAGAGCGAGGCUCUCGACUGGAAUUAUCUUUCCAGGCUUUUGAAGUGGAAGAAGAGGCCGACUGUGGUUAUGACUAUGUUGAACUCUUUGAUGGUGCUGAUUCGACAGCUGUGGGGCUUGGUCGAUUCUGUGGUUCUGGGCCAGCAGAAGAAAUCUAUUCAAUUGGGGAUGCAGUUUUAAUUCAUUUUCACACCGAUGACACAAUCAACAAGAAAGGAUUUUAUAUAAGAUACAAGAGCAUAAGAUAUCCAGAAAGCAUGCAUACCAAAAAAUAACACCUGAACCUCUAUCAGAACAUAAAGGAAUGUGCACAAUGGAAAGAAGACAUAUUUUUUUUAAAUGAGGAUAUUAGCACAAAUGUUUUAUAUAGUGAGUUUGAACAAAAGAAAACUGUAGGAUCAAAGUUAUACUAAUUGUAUUAAAAGAGGAGUUUCCAGCUAAUGGUGACCAGCAUUACAAGAAUAUUUGAAUUCCGUGCUUGAUGUAUUAAUAAAACUGGCCGAUGGGCGCCUUGUGCUUCAAGAAAGACUCCAUCAGCUUUUGUUCACAGCUUGAAAUAGAUGCUUCAUGAUUCAGACAGUUCAACUCUGGGGCCAUUACCCUGUGGGAUGUUCCUUUUGACGAUUUUUCAAGAUUUGGGGACAUACAGUGAUCUUGCAGGUCAUAAAUUGGAAAACCCUUUACCUUUAGCAUAAUUCCUUUGACUUUGUAUCUCUGAUACAGUGUAAACCAGAUUCCUAUAAGAUGAUGUAAAGUGGGAGUCUUUGUAGGGUGGUUUGUGCCGUGUGUGUGUGUGUGUGUGUGUGUGUGUGUGUGUGUGUAAUGUCUGGAAACUGGAAUAUUUGAGCUUCAUUAUUUUCACUUGUAGGCCAGCUUAACCUCUUUAAGAUGCAAAUGAUACUGAGAACAUUUCACUGUACUUACACUUUGACAAUUCCAAGAAUCAGUAGCAUCUAUUAAUGCAGUUAAAUUCUAGACAUCAUUUAUCUAAUUAUUGGAAAAUGCCCAGUUAAUUGGUAAAUUCAGCUCUUUCUGUGGAAGUGCAGCCUUUUCACACCAAAUCUAAGAACUCUGUGAUGUCUUAUUUUCCUCAUGAGAAAAUUCUCACAGGUGUGCGCAGGAUCCUUCUGGACAACUCCCUGAAUGAUUCAUACUCAAAUUACUACUGCUGCUAUUGUCUUUCUUUUGGUGAUGAUGUUUUAUUGUUAUAGUUAUUGUUGAUGUCAUGGUUAGUGUAAUUUUUUAAAACAUGGGAUGAAGUGGAAGUGACCCUUGUGAGAAUUUAAAAAUCUCUCUUUUUUUUGCUUCCUGAAAUUCAGUUCAAAAAAUGCGAUGUUGAAAAAAGGAUUUUUUUUUUUUAGAAAGACUUCCUAUGGUGCUAUUCCAUAAACUUUUAUUUUUAAACAAUUUUUUGACCUUUGAGCCAACUGUAGACUAUGAAUGUCUCUAUAUGUCUGGCUGGUAGCAUUUGAAGAGUCAAGACUUGUGAAAUGUGUCAACAGCAUAUCAUUGCAGAGGCAGAUACAUAUAUUUCCUGUGGAACAACUACUUAUAUUGCCUUAGAAUUCUUGCACAUGAUCAAAUGGUUCUUCCUAGGAACACACCUUUUGAAAUAUUGCACAUAAGAGUGUAUCUUAAUCAGCAGCUCCACGAGGAAAACCCAUUUCUCUGACUGAGACAUUGGACAUAAACAUGGUGACCUGCUUUGGCUUUAGAAAAUGUAAUUUUAGGGUGAAUUUUCUGCUCUACAGCUGUGUAUGUUUUUAAUAUUAAUGUAAGUAUAUGUGAGGCUGUCUGAGUGUGUGAACCUACGGGAAAGUGAAGAGUAAUGGUUGUUUAAAAAGUUAAAACUUAUGUGCCAAGUCCUACUAGAACCCUCCUUGAAAUAACACCUUUCUUAGCUUUCAUGGACAAAUAAUGGGAACUACUAUGUAUUAUCAAUUCCAUUAAAGAAAGACAUUCCUUCUGAGAAUCUCUAUUUUAAUAUUUUUUGAUGUUGAUGUGUAUCGCUAUGUGAAGUAGCUUGGUUUCUGUUACCUGUCCAUGAACACUGAACAUUUAAUAAAAUCAGUAUAUUUUUUUGUUUUUACAAAAUGAAACUCUACACACAGACACAGCUUAUUUGUUUUUUCUCAUUGUUGACCUGAAAAAUCUUUCCCUGAUUAUGAUCUGUAAAAUGUAAAUACAUUUUUGAAACCAAUGUUUUGAUCUCAUUGAAUGUUACUUUGGAAAUGUAUUAAUUAUUGCCUGCAAUGUAGAUAAGUCGUUUAGUGGAUCUGAUUUAUUCCAGUAACUUCUAACGUAUUUCCUCACUAAUCUCCAGUUAACCCAGAUAUGCCAGGAAUGAUGAAGAGAGAAAAAGGCAUUCAUACUGGAAGUACUCUGCGCAGCUCUGAGCUCUGCGCUAGGCAUGUGCACUGGCUCUUUCUAAACUCCAUGUGCCCUUUGAAAACUGUGAGCUGGUCUUCAAUUUGUAGUCCAGGAACUAAGGCACAGAACCUUUAAAUAACAGGGUCACAAUGCAAAGUUAAAUGUAUACACAUAGCUUGUCUGAUAUCAAUAUCUGUGCUUGUUCUAUGAAAUAUAGUGAAAUGAAUCUUGAUAUAUAUAUAUAUAUAUAUAUAUAUAUGCACUUAAGUAGUAGGAGUUUAAUGAUGAAACUUUUCCAUACAAACUACAUUUUAAGGAUGAAUCACAAUAACACUUUCAGGAUAAACAUAUUGUUCCUUUUCAGAACAGCAUGAGGAUUAGAAUGUCAAUUGUAGAUAUCUUUAAGAAUCAGAGUUAAUAUUAAAAAUUAAAAUACACACAGACUACAGUUUGGAGUUCAAAUGAGCCUUUUGUUAAAAUAUAUAUGUUAAAUUAUUUUCCCUGGCAUGGUAGGAAAAAUGGAAUGUUUUAUUCUAAGAAACAGGCUGGAUAUUCCAAUUGACAUCUUAUUAGGCCACAGUGAGCUGUGCUCAACACAAAUAGAAAAAUUUUUUGACAACCAGAAAAUUGCAGAAGGCUUUUAGAAGGCAUAUUGUCAUAACUUUUGAUCGUCAAUGUGGACAUUAAUUUUUAUUGUACUUUGUGUGAUAUAUUAGCUUAUUGCAUAUUAUUUUUAUAUUAAUUCAGUAUUUGCCUUAAAUGUGUUGUUACAUGAAAAUAUAGACAGCUUAAUUGUUGUUUUGUUAAUAAUUGUUAGUUACUGUUCUAGGCAUUUUAUUAAAUUAAUUUUGUAAAUUAUUUUAAACCCCUAAUCAGUAUAUUGGUCGUGAUUUAUAUUUCCAAAGUUCUAACUGCCGUACAACACUUACAAUGCACGGAAAAAGAAAUAUUCUUACAUAAUAAGAUUUUAUUAAAUUAUUUUUAAAGUUAA